UAUUAUUUUACCUGUGGAAAUUAGCCUGUAAUCACGUGAGACCAUCUCCCGUACACAGAUACAUAUAUAUAUAUAUAUAUCUAAUAUAUAUAUUGUGUGAGAAUGAAGUGGAUAAGAGUGGGAUUACCGUGUCUGUAAAUUGAAAGCGAGAAAUGACAGCGGCUGAGAGGUCCUGACUGAGAGCGGUGAACAUUGUGAGUAAUGAGCUGGGAGUGUGAACAAACUUAGAAGGCCGGCUCCACAUACCUACCUGUCCAAUUUGUGUUUGAUGUGCGGCCAGCUUCCAAAUGAUAGGUGUGAUUAUUUACCUGGACAAACGACACUUACUUGUGUGCUUCUCACCUGCGUGUGCUGCAUCCCGAGUACUCGCCACUCGGUCUGCUCACUCACCACAACUUCUUUAAGCGUCGUCAGGUCGGCAGCUGCUAGGUUUGAUGUUGUCUUGGAAAUGCUGCUGUCACGGUGUCGCCCUGAUGAGGAUGCCUGCAGCAACGAUGUCGACAAUGAUGAUCAGGAGUACAGGGAAGAUCCGACUGACCUGCGAAUGCCGACGUUUCAUCUAGCGGAAAGUCAGUCGUCGUUCGUACCUGUACAUUUCAUUCCCUGGGUGUGUGCUUUCAAUUAAACGGCAAUAUGUUUGGAAUUUAAUCUAUUGUUUUAGGUAUUCUCUGAUGUUUAGUGGGUUAUUCUGAAUACUGUACUAUAUAUAAAGGUGUAUUAAAGAAAAACAAACCAAACCUAUUGAUGGAUAUGUGAAAACUUGUAUGUCAUUUACCUGUGUAUUUCAUUCUCUGGAUGUGUUAUGUCGAUUAUGCCACCAUCUGUUUUAUAUGUUCUCCACUGUUCAUUGCCGUAUUCAGAAUAUUGUGUCAUGCAUAAAGUUGAAUAAUUUCAUACAAAACCUGUUGAUGAAAUCACGAAAACCUGCAUUUAUUUACUGUUUAUGAAAUCACGAAAACCUGCAUUUAUUUACUGUUUAUGAAAUCACGAAAACCUGCAUUUAUGUACUGUUUAUGAAAUCACGAAAACCUGCAUUUAUUUACUGUUUAUGAAAUCACGAAAACCUGCAUUUAUUUACUGUUGAAAAUGGAUUCUAUACCAGUGAAAAUGUUUUAUUGUGUUUUAUCUUAUUAUUGUGGUUCAUGAAAUUGUUUUUUGGCAGUUUUAAUGUUCAUGGUUUCUUACAAAUAUCUCAACAUAGUUACUAACAAACAAUACUGAACUGUCAGCACUUGCUUUUGUUAAUAUUUCUUGGAUUUACGUCACAUAUUCAUACAAGAUUUCCUCUAUGAAGUGUUCCAAUUGAUUUUAUUGUUAUUAUUAUGGCGAUGGCAGUUUAAAUAGUUUAACCACUGGUCACACCCAGUGAGAGAAGUAUGGGCUGACGCACCUGUUACCAGGCAGUAGCUAUGAAUGGAAUUCACCCUCAUCUCGUUGAAGCCAUGACACAAGGCAGUGACCCGCGGGACGAUGCGUUUCAGCUAUGGGAGUCAAAAAGAGAGGAAAGGGAAAAGGAGAGGACGCUACAGAAGAAGAUAGUCGAGUUCCAGACACAGAUACAGAGACUAGAACGGAGAAUCAGUUUACUGCGCACAGAAAAUGAAUCUCUCCGCCGCCAGAAGGAUGACCAGAAGCCGCUGGAGGAGAAGAUCAGAGCUCUGAAGAAACGGAAUGCGGAGCUCGCCGCCAUCGCCAGGCGCCUCGAGGAGAAAGCCAAAUCAUUACAGCAGGAAAACAUAAAGAAAAGUAAGGAGGAUGGUGGCCAGGAGACGGAUCACCUCAAGCGACUGUUUGCGCGACAGAGAGCCAGGGACCUUGCUGAACACGCCAAGAACAUGUUGGUCAAAGACCGAGAGAUUGAAGACCUUCGCAAGAAGUGUCAGGAGCUCGCCAAUCAGCUCAGCAAUGGAGAGUUCUAUGCCCCUGAGAAUGUCCAGGUGUAUGAGGAGAAGGAAGAACUUGUGUCAAUCAUCAAGCAGGCGGCCAAAGAGAGACUUCAGCUUGAGAGACAGGUGACCAAGUGUAAACCAGGGGAGGUUGUCCAACAAAUUGAUCCAGAGCACACACGACAGCUCAAGGAACUUGAGGAAGCAAACAAUGAACUAAAAGAGGAAGUCAAGAAACUAGACAGAGCACUGCAGCUCACUGACAACCUGAAAACUGAUCUCCGUGCUAAAGAAGAAGAAUGUGAAGUUUUGCACAAAACAAUACAACAGCAGCGGCUUCACACUGAGGAAUUGGAAGGUCAGUUGAGGCAGUCUGAGGCCCGCAACACAAAUCAAAGUCUUGAACUAUCAGAGCUCCACAGUCGACUUCUUCAAAUAGAAAAGGUUAAUGAGGAAUGUAGCACUCUGCGAGUGAGUCUCGCUGAAGCUCAACACGAGCGGGAAAUCGCUCGCAAUGAAGUCUCCAAUUUGCAUUACAAAGUCAGCAGUCUCGAAAACCUAGUCAAAGAUUUGCAGCAGUCUACGGCUAAGCUGCAGCAGCUGGAGUAUGACUACCAGGUGGCGCUGCAGAAAAAUGAACAGAAACAGGAAGAGAUCAAUCGUCUUCAUCAGUCGCAAGAUGAAGCUCGUCUUCAGCAUGAAAAAGCUGUGACAGAAUUAAAGAUCCGAAUCCAGGAUCUUGAGCGGCAGUGUCAUCAACACAAGCUACAACAGCAGCAGCUGACUGCAGAGCUGGGUCGUCUCCAUAGCGACGACCGUGUGUUGAAGCCGACAGUGACCGUGUCGGCGGAGAUACAGACUGAGUCGCCCUCAUACAGGACAACUGGUACAGAUGCUCCACACUUACCCUUCUCCCCUCCCAACUUCCUGUCUUCCUACACCAAUCAAAACGACCAAAGACCCGAUUUACAAGAAUUUUACCAUUCUUCAAACUUUAAACUGACCAACUCUGAACCAAACAACAAUCAGAUAGUCCCCUCUGACUCUAAUAAAUCCCUUGACACAGGUUUUGCUGAGGAGGAAAAUGAGGAAGAAUUAGAUAGCUACAAUAAAGCCUCCCCUGAUCACAAGAGUGAUUGUGGGGAUCCAGAACUCAACGAAAUUGCAAAAAAAUUAAAGGAGCUUGCUGUCCCCGAUUCUGAUGAUGAAAUGAGCAGUUUGGUGGAAGGGAGAGAGGAUUCUGGGAUGGAGAACAGUCGAGAAACAAAGAAUCAAAAUGAGAUAUCGCUCAGUGAUAGUCGACUGUCCUCGCUGUCUAGGAAGGGUCCGCUGCAAGUAUACAUCGCCAAGUACUCAUACAACCCCUACCAGCACUCCCCCAAUGACAACCCUGCCGCCGAGCUGCCCCUCUCUGCUGGAGACUAUGUUCUUAUCCUUGGUGACAUGGAUGAGGAUGGUUUUUAUGAGGGAGAAUUAAUCCACGGUAAAAGAGGACUGGUGCCUUCCAACUUCAUAGAAAAAGUGUCAGAUGAGCACUUGUCAGAGUUCCAUGCGGCCAUGGCACUGGCGUGUCACCAGAGUGACGAGAGUACGGUGAACAGCAUCCAACAUGACCUCGAGUUCAACAGCAGCGACGAAGCAGACUUUACAGAUGACAUCUUCAAAGCCUGCACAGACACACAUUGUGAUCUGGAGGACAUAGAGGAAGUAAUGGAUGGUGACAAGAUGGUGGUCGCUGCAGAUAGCAGGUUGCCAUACAAUCCUGGCACCAUCGGUGUUCCCUUUCCAACAUGCCUGUCCUUGGACCGGCAACUCUCUAACAGUAUUCUAGUUAGCUGGAAACCACCAGAGGUCACUACUGAUGUGAAUAUACAGUCAUACCAUGUUCUAGUGGAUGGUGAAUUUAUGACGUCUGUUCGAGGACAUGAACGGACCAAAGCUUUAUUGGAAGGAAUCGAUUCAAAACUAACUCAUAGGGUGUGUGUGCGGUGCCUGAGUAAUCAAGGACAGUCAAAAGACGGACAGUGCACUCUUCUCAUUGGUAAAGAUAUUCUUCCGAUACCCAGUGAUAUUGUUGUCAGUGAUAUUACGGCCAACUCGGCAGUCAUCAGCUGGAUGCCUGGAAACAGUAACUACUCUCACUGUAUUGAGGUGAACGGUCAAGACGUCCACCUGCUAAGACCAGGGAUCUGCAAGUAUACCGUGUCAGGCCUGGCUCCUGCAUGUACGCACAACGUGAAGGUGUAUGUGCGAGAGGCCCCGGAGUACAAACAGUCUCUACACCUGCUGACAGCCAGCACCGAGUUCACCACUCUACUCGGAGGAUCCCCGGAUCCACCGCUGAACGUACAGGUUGAGGCUGGACCUCAGGAGGGAACACUGCUGUUGACGUGGUUGCCAAUGACGAUCAACCCAUCAGGUGUUUCUAACGGUGCGGUGGUAGCUGGGUAUGUGGUGUAUGCUGAUGGGCGUCGCACCAGGGAGGCGAGGGGACCAACCAAUGACCACAUCAUACUUGGGCCAGAAGACUUGAAAGGCCACAUACCGAAGCAGCUGACGGUUCGAACCCUGGCGGUUGACGGGAAGGAAUCUGCAGAAUCUAGCAUCGUCCGGCUUCCUCCACAACUCAUCCGGGAGUUGACUGCCACAGUCUCCAAAUCCAGCAACACCAGUCCAAAGAUGCAACCAAAGUAUGCCUUCAGACACAGGUUUUGGAAGAGUUCCAAGUCACCAACAGGAAUAAUAGAGCAUGCUGGGAAUAAUAUUGAUGCUGAGAUUGAUGCUGCAUUUGAAGGUGUACACGGUGCUGCUGAUGAUGCGCCAGUGAGCCCCGUUGAAAAUUCUCAGUACGCAGACCCUUUUAUAGAAAGUAGCAGUUCAGAGCUGUCUGACAUUCCAGAAGUGGAGGAAGAACUGAUUGGGUCUGAGGAAGCCAAUCAGGGUACAGGUUACACUGGCCAAUCGACCAAUCAGCAGGAGAAACAGCUGUCCCCACAGCCAGCACCACGAACAAUCCGACCUUCACCCAGUCCGACCACGCUACAACCACAGAGGAACAUUCCAGCCAUCGAGAUUACAAGAGACAGCAGUUCAGAAAGAGGCACAUCAUUUGAGGACGACACUGAUUCGGUUAAAUUAACAAAACAAACAUCACCCAUUGACGCCCAUAAUACUGUACCUAGUGUUUCACGGAGAACUGCCCAUGGUGCUGCCUCUAGCCACAGAAAUACCUCUAGUCCCCUCAGAACUGCCCCUGAAGUGCCAAAACGACACUCCCCUGGUUCUCCCAAGUCACCCAAGUAUGGAGCCGAUUCAGAUGGGCGGGAUGGUUUCAGAGAGAAAAACGCUGGUAUGCAAAACGACACCAGAAAUGACAAGUAUGGCGUGUCUCGACACCCGACAAGUCCAACAAAAAGUCCUCAGGAAGCUGGUUUCCAUGGUAACAAGAUGAGAGAAAGCAGCCCCGGACUGCGACCUAGUGAACACGUUUCUCUGAAUGAUUCGGAGGACUAUGAUGAUAACUGUGAUGUGGAUUCCAUAUCAGGGGAGAUAAAUCCUCCGAUGGACGACAGCAAGAGGCGGUUAUUCGUCGCUCUGUUCGAUUACGAGCCGUCGGUGAUGUCUCCAAACACAGACGCCCUCGACGAGGAACUUCCAUUCAGAGAAGGGCAGAUUUUAACGAUAUAUGGUGAGAAGGAUGCUGAUGGUUUCUACCGAGGGGAGUACAAUGGCCGGUCAGGCUACGUUCCAUGUAACAUGGUGUCUGAAAUCCACAUAGAUGACCCCAGCCUUAUAGAUGAGUUACUGAAGGAAAGUACGGGGCAAACGAUGUCACCGAUGUCAUCAGACAAAACGUAUUCUGUGAAAGCUGAGAUCAACCAUCACCCUCCACCUCAGGAGCACCUCACACCAAAUGGCAUUUCCUCUGUCCCCCAAGAGAACUCGGUCAGACGGAUGUUAGCGUUGUACGACUACGACCCCCAGGAACUGUCGCCAAAUGUCGAUGCAGAACUUGAGAUCACGUUUAAAGCGGGAGAUAUGAUCACUGUUUAUGGUGAGAUGGAUGAGGACGGCUUCUACCGGGGAGAGUGUCGUGGUAUCCGUGGUUACGUGCCAUCCAACUUCCUUCAGGAGAUGUCAUCGACGAUGUCUGACGACGAGGUUCUCGACAGUGCCAGCAUGGUGUCUCCCUCUAGGUCAGGCGAGAGUAUUAGCGCUGUGUCGCGCCACUCUGACGGAUUUAAUAACGUAGGUGACCACGUGUCAGAUAUGCAUGUGACGCCGCAUUCUCGUUGUGGCUCGGAGGAUGAUUGGAGUGGAAUCUGCUUCCCCGCCGGCGGACGCCAUAACCCUGGAGCCGGUGAUCCCGCUGACCCCUCCCAGCUCCCUCGCACAGACCGCCACGCAGGAGGAAACCAAAAAGAAAAAAGGAGGAAUUUUGAAUAGGGGCAAGAACAUCUUUAAGAAACUGGCCAGAUAGCAUGCAGGUUUCUGAUCUGUUGCAUGUGACAAAAGACACCUUAAACAACUGAGAUCAGGUUCUGAUAUUUUCUCAGGAGAAUAGUGUGUGUACAAGACGAUUGGAACAGAAUGCCUGAUACUUCUGAUGGGUAACUGUGCAUCUACAGGAUAAUCUGAACAGAUUACAAAUGUCUACACGGAUAAUCUGAACAGAUUACAAAUGUCUACACUGAUAAUCUGAACAGAUUACAAAUAUCUACAUGGAUAAUUUGAACAGAUUACAAAUAUCUACACGGAUAAUCUGAACAGAUUACAAAUAUCUACAUGGAUAAUUUGAACAGAUUACAAAUAUCUACACGGAUAAUCUGAACAGAUUACAAAUAUCUACAUGGAUAAUUUGAACAGAUUACAAAUAUCUACAAGGAUAAUUUGAACAAAGAUGAUUUACUGUAUAUCGAUGAUAGAGAUAAUUUGAACAAAGAUUACAGUAAGUCUGUGAUAAUGAUAAUUUGAACAGAGCAAACCAUGUGCUGUGGUGUGUACUGAUAACUCUUGAUGGAGCUCCGUGCAUAUAAAACAUAAUUAACUGUGACUGCUGCCUAUUGCUGUUAAAGGAGAACACUGCAUAUGAAAGACUGAACAGAAAUGAUUGCAUGUGUUCUGAUGAUGUAAAUACUUCUUGUUGAAGAACAUACACUAUAUUAAAGAGAUGUUCUGGAGAUAUCCAGUGAAGAACAACACAUCUUAGACUGUCUGUGAAGCACACUUGAUAUUCACACUUGAUGGACAAUAGUGCGUGUGACAGACUGUGUGGACAGAAGUGGCUGUAUGGUACUCAUUCUUCUGUGUGUAUGGCAGAGUUCUACCCUGUUGUGGAGUGUUCUACUGAGUGGAGGAGUGUUCUACUGUGCGGUAGUGUGUUCUGCCAUAUGGUGGAGUGUUCUAUGUGAUAGUGUGUUCUACCAUAUGGUAGAAUGUUCUACAGUGACAUAGAGUGUUCUGUUGUGUAGUGGGAUGUUCUACUAUGUGAUGGAGUGUUCUGCUACAUGGUGGAGUGUUCCUCCAUGUGGUGGAGUGUUCCUCUGUGUGGUGGAGUGUUCUGCUAUGUGGUGGAGUAUUUACCAUGCAGUAGUUUGUUGUACUGAGUUCAGACAGGACUAGCUGAAGAAAUCUGUGAUAUUUAUUCAUCUCAUGACACCAAUGUUUGUUAGUGUGAGAUAUUGUUUAUCAACCCUCACCUCAGGGUGAAAUAUUGGUUAUUUAUCGUGAUUCACCUUCACAUCCUGGCCAGUCGUGUUGUGAUUCCAUACCGAUAUAUACCCUAUAUAACAUGCUGGGCACCUGUGUGAUAGCAGUGUGUGUGUCUAUAUAGAUAUAGCCGUAUAUAGGUAUCAGUGUAACCAUUGUAUGUACCACAUAAUACCAAACGCUGACAUAAAUACUAUACAACCAGUUAGUGAUUAAUUAACACUUCAUGUUACUACUAUAUACUUAUUAUAUGUACUACAUAUUAUAAAACACAAGACAGAAUUUAAAUACCAUCCAGCGGGUUAGAACUUGGUUACUAUUUCUUGUUAUAACUAGUGUCAUAAAGUAUACAGACAAAUAUCUGACAAUAGUUGCCUUAAUACAAUAAGGGACAAAUUUACCAAAGGUGUUUAUCUUAUCAUCACAGGCAACUUUCCUAAAAGUUAGACAUGUUUAAUAAGUUGUUAUAAAUGCAGGUCUUGUGCCACCUUAUAAUAAGUAUCAUUUAGUCUGCAUUUAAGACUGUCAGCCAGUCAGCAUCUAAAUACAUGCAUGAUGAACAUCUUUCAUAAUUUAGCAUCAAAUGAUAAUUGUUUACUAUCAGAACAUGUAUAAUGGAGAAAUAGAAGAUAGUUUAGAAAACAUUUUACUCAUCACCUGAGUAAUUGAGUAUCGGUGAGUUCUUGUUCUUGUGUCCCUUGUGGUGUCGGGUACACUUACUGUAUUCAUUUGACCACACAACAGGUAUGCAUUUCUUUGGCUUCCAUAUCAGCUCAGCAUUGAUACUCUUGACACAAACAUGUGUUAUCCAUGGUGUUUUCAUUUAACCUUUACAUGAGAUGAUGAUGUCCAUUGUAACUGUUACUGUGAAAUCCAAACAAAAAUUAAAGUGUUGUGACAUUUGCCAUGUAGCAUCUUACAAAAUAUAAUAUAUAUUGUUACCAUUUUCUGACUUAAACAUUUACAGAUAGUGAAAUCUAAUGGUGUGUACAGUGAAAUCCAACAUUCACCCUGUUUCUAAGACCACCUAACUAUAAAGACCAAUAUAUUUUGAAAACCAGAAUAUUUUAUUAUUAUUUUAUAUUAAAAAUACUCCAGUACUAAGACCAUUCAGCUAUUAUGGAUUAUGACCAAUAAAGUAAAAUCCAUUGGUUAUUUUCAGUACAGUUUAACGUCACAAAUGUGACCAGAGCAUUAAUCCUGUCACACAUUAAUGUGGUGAAAACUAGCCUCUCCGUCGUCUCAGUGGUGUUAAAGUUAAUUACGUAUCAUGUUAACCAAGUAAUUAUAAUUAAUUUCAUUUAGCUGGAAGUACAAUGGUAUUACUUUCAUAUUGGCAAGCAAUUCAGUUGGUCUACAAAUCAACAUGGCAUGGUAAAUUUUUACUGUAAAACUUGCACAUGAUGAUGUUGAAAACUAGCAGUUGAAUAACAACAGUUAAAACAUUUGAUACAUUUUCAUGAAAGCCGAUUCAAUACCAUAAAGUGUGUUUCACAGAAAUUGUUAAUAGAUCCAACAGUUAGCUGUACAAAAAUCAUGUCAUCCAGAAGUGACAGGUUCAUAUUACGAGACACUGUCGUUUUUCAAGACUGUUGCUUACCUCUGUUGUGUAAUAAAUAAAGAAAUAACAAAUAACUCACAAAUAACUGAUGCAUGACAGACAUGCACUCAGUUAUUCUUGCAGAUCAUUGUAAUACCUUUGUACAUACAAAUUCACAAUUGCACUUAUUAAAUUUAUUAAUUUAAAAAUAGCUGGAUUUUUUUUCUCCAUUUAGAAAUAAAACAUUGUUUUGCAAGAACUGGCAAUUAAUUUUUGAGGAAAUUGGGCUCACACUUCUUUUUUCAAUGUAGUAGAUGUUAAAAGUUAACAUGAUAAUUAUUGUUCAUUCUUUGGUACUGAAGAUUGAGUAAAAGUAAUACAAGUAGUUACAAUGGAGUUGAGAUGACCAAGGUGCAAUACGGAAUAUAUUUUACAUUUGUAAGCAUAUUCUCAAUAUAUAUAUUUCAAAUCCUGUUACAAAUAUGUUAAUUAUUUUAUCAUGUUAUAUCUUUUACUGAGCAUUUAGUGCAUAAUGAAACAGUUCUAUUUUUGUUCUACAAACAGGUGAAAUAUUACAUUAUAUGUUUACCUUUUUUGUAUCUCUAUAUUAUUAUUGAAAAUAUAUAAUAUAUAAUUGCAUAAUGAUAAAAGAAUUCACUGGUCAAGGAAUAUAUAACUGAGUUUUAAGUGUUCCAGUAAAUUUCUUAAUGAGAUUAAUUAUUUUCAAAAUCUGCCCAAAAAAAUUAAAAAUGAAAACAUCAGUAUUUCACCAUUAAUAAAUAUAGUUAAAUUUGUAUUAUUUGUUAACUGAGAAUUUUCCACUAAUAGAUGCUAGUUUUGGCAGCCAUGUUUGUUUUUACUCAACUUGAUUUUUCUGUUUGCAUUGUUUAUAAUUGAUGUUCCCAGGCUGUAAUGUUUUGUAAGUAAGUUGGUUACAUUUGUUUAAUGUAAUCGGACAUAAUUCUUAUAUUAAACACAUUUAGUUUUAACCAUAUUGUCAGAAUGCAGAAUUUUGCCAAAGAACUUUUGAAUAUUUAUGGUUCCGCUGUAAAAGAUUAAACUGUUAGUGAAAAAUGAAAUGUUAACGUUGAUUUUCAUAAUUUAUUUGAAUUUGUGUACUUUGUUCAUCAGUUAAUAUUUGAUUUAUUAAAAAAUAUAUAAAGCAAAUAUUUAAAAAAAAGUAUAUUAAUGGCCACUUCUUAGAGCGGUUUAAGGUAAUUAUGAAAAUUGAAGAAGACUGAAUUUACUGUUAGAAUAAAGUACACUUUGUCAGCAUAUAAUCAAAGAUAUGUAUAACUUAACCCAGCUUGUUGUGGUAUAAAUGACUGUAUGACAGACUGCUAAAUGUUCAAGUGGUGUUGGUUUAAGAAUCACUUCACUCAGUCUGUGGUAGCUAUUACAGGUAGUACAUAGAGUACGGCAACAGUGGUUUAAACACAAAUCCACUGAACACUGAUAGCUAUACAUGUAUGGCAAAUGGUACAUAUCCUACCACAUCAUGUGAUGGUGGGUUAAACAGAAUUUCAAAGAACUGGUGAUCGCUGUUGUACAUCAACUGACGUUGUUAAAACACUUCAUGCAACCACUAGUAGUUAUGACAGCAGGCUACAUACUGCUACAUCAAGAGAUGGUGCUUUAACAAUUUCACAGAACUAGCAGUAGCUAUAGUAGAUAGUACAUGCCCUGCAACAUGAGGCGAUGGUGGUAGGCCUUGGGUUGUGCAUGUAUCCACAUGACUGCAUUUGUGACCGUGUUGUGCAUCCUGUUGUGCAUCCUGUGACUGUCCGUCUAUAAGCUUGUGAAUGUCUUCAUGGCGUGUUAUGUGGCCUUGUAUCUAUCACACUGUGCUGUUGGUCGUUCCUGUGAUCAGACCAACAAACUUUGUAUACAAACAAAUAAAUUAUUUUUAAAAAUAAACUACUGAAUCAAA